CUGGUUUUUUAAAUCUGUUUCAAUUUUAUAUCUAAUUUUUUAUGUUGUCAUUUAUUUCAAUUUAUUUCUCAUAACGACCAUAUGAGGAUCGACUAACCAACUACUCCUUGACGUGAUGACGGAUGGCUUUAGAAAUAAUAAGGUACGCUGAAACUGACAGAAUACCACGAAAUUUGUUACCGAGUAUCUUACGAAGAUUUUCUAUGAAGAUGACGCUUUGUUGGUUAUUGAAGAUGUUACGAGUUAUUUCAACGUCACUUGCUUCUAAUGCUUAGUGGGCUAUUUGAUUCUAAAAGGUGUGGAGUUGUUAAUAAAUUUUGUUUUUCUCCCUAUUUCAGGGCAAUCAAGGAUAAAUGCUCUAGAAAAAGAAGAGCUAGCUCUGCACGCGCUGAACCUACAGGAUGACUCAUAAGACCGUUUUGUAAACUAGCUCUUCCUUCUGUACAUAACCCGCGAAUUUUAAUUUCCAGAUAAACGACUGGUGGUUUGCAUCCCGUGUUCUCUCUUUCGUGUGAAGUGCUCGGUUAACAUUGUGUGUUGUGGUUUUAGGUCUUCCUGCCUUUCAGUGACUGCUGAUUACGCGUGUUACAUAGGUGUAACGGGGAAUCACCAUAUAAGAUGUUGAUGGAUUCCGUUUUCUUCCUGCAGGGCGACCAAGGACAAACGCUUUGAAAGAAGAAAAGCAAGCCUUGAGUGCAUUGAACCUACAAGACGACUCAUAAGACUGUUUUGUAAGCUAGCUAUUCUUUUUGUACAUGGUCCGCGAAUUUGCUGCAAGGAGUUAAGUUAAUCGAUCGGAUUCUCACUUGUUUUCUGGUGACGCGAUAAAAACUGGAUAGUCACUUGCUGGGUGUCCACGGGUAGGGAAUAACAGUCAUCUAGGAUUUUACGAUUUUGGAUUGUUCGAAUUAAGAAGUCCUAUGAGGCUGUAAAAAUAAUAUUGUAACUGCAUACUUCUUAAAAUAUGGUUGAAGUUUACAAGCUGAGAUGCACUCUAUCGGGUCAUAAGAGCGACGUCCGUGCAGUCACUUGUCUUUCAGAUACCAGGAUUGUUUCUGCUUCAAGGGAUUUAACAGCAAGGACAUGGCAUAUUUCCAAGUUAGUCAUCUUUCUAUUUAAACUAAUACUAUUACAUUUACUAACCGUAGUUAUGAUAAGUCAUGUAUACAGGCUAUAUCGCAACUAUUAUUAUGUCUAUCAACUGUAAGGUACACGAAAAUCCGUUAUUGGACAGAAUUCCUGUCACUAGUAGGACAGGUAGUAAAGUUUACAGAAUGAGUGAUGAGAAAUUCUCCUCUCAAUAAGUUAAGGUCUUCAAAUGCUUAACAAAACUUAAUCGUGCAACCAAUCUUUUCUCUGCUAAACUAGCUUCUUAACAGUGCUGAAGGUCAUCUAGAUCAGCAUAUAUUCCUCCGGUUUUUGGUUUACAAAAUUCGUCUUAUCACAUUUUCGGUAUCAUACAUAUGAUUAUCCCGAUACAUGAAUUUAUCAAUAAUGUUUGAAGGUCCACCAUUAAGGGUUAUUGCAGGUACGGGUUCAUACGAACGUUGGUCAGUUUUAAGUUUUUCUUUUUCCAACCUGGCAACUUGGACCGAUGCAUAUAUGUGCCUAGUUUUACGUUGUAGCUGAGUAGCUGACUUUUUCCAACUGGAUAGUCUCAAAUAGUAUUGGUAGCCACUUUUAUUUAUCAACUUACUAUCUGGAUAUUACUGAGCACCUUAAUAGUAGUAGUUGUUAAUUUCGCAAAUUAUGUUAUAAUUCAUCAAGGUUUUUUUAAGUAUGUUGGAAAUUUAACUGAAAAUAAAUUUUUUAUUUGAUAGAGAAGGUUGCGAUGGCUGUGAAGAUAUGGUUCUUCUCGGGCAUACGAAUUAUGUAUCAGCUGUGUGUUGUCAAGAUUUAGAUAACGAAUGUCAUAUUCUAACAGGAUCACAUGAUAAACUAAUUCGAGGGUAUAAUUCUAUGUCUCCAGAAGCUCUUUUCACUUUAGAAGGGCAUAAAGAUACAGUGUGUACUUUAGCUGUUGGAAAUCACAAAACCAUAAUUAGUGGUUCUUGGGAUAAAUCAAUCAAAAUAUGGAAGGAAGGAAAGUGUGUUUCUACUCUCACAGGUGAGUUUUAAAUGAAAAUGUUUUUUUGUAAAAUUUGGAAUAUUAGGGUGAAAAAAUGUGAUCACGUUAUUAACUGGUUGUCAUCGGUAACUUCUGAAUACUGUUUUCUAAAGUUGACUAAAUUCGUACAAUUCAGCAUCAUAUCCAUGUUUUUUAUUGAAAAAAGUUUAAGAAUUAUCUGCAAGUUUAUAUAAUUAUUUCCGGUUUCUAAAAUGUCAAGUAUUUAUAAUAAAUAAUUUCCUUUUUCAAUUACAAAAAGUUGUUAGGAACUUUUUCAUUUCAGGUUAUCCAGAAACAAACGCUAUACUACACUAAAAUAGGAUUGGGGGAUACGGUAGAGAAAGGAGAAACAAAAGAUGAAAGAUCUACUUCGAACACAUGAGUCUCAUUAAGUAAAAAAGUUGAACUCUUCAUAAAUAGUAUAUUUUUCACUUUCACAGAAAUAAGAGUAUAAUUAGUUAAUCAUCUUAUAAAUUUGCCAAAUAAUAGAGAUAUUUGAAUAGGGUCAAAAGCAGAAAUAUAUUCUCCAAAAUAGCAUUCAACACUUACGUUUUGUAGUGUAGCAAUUUCAUUGCAGUAGUCUGAACAGUUAGCUUGUUUAAACUUACUCUUUUUAGUGCCAGCUGACUGAUAAUUUAUUAUCAAAUGGUAAAUAUUACUUAAAGUCUAUUAUUUGAUCUUGCUGGUUCUACUAAUCUGCAUGUUUUUAUAGGGGAAUCAUGAAGAAUAUUUUUAGAUUGCUGUCUACAUGAUAUGAUAGAAGUGAUCUCUUAGUUGAUAUUGUUUGCGACAGUUAUCAUUAUCAGUAUGAAUAUAGAAUAAAAAAUACAUUAUUACAACUAAUUUCCACUAUAAAUGGCUGUUCCAGCUAUUUGAUGAUCAGUUCGUUGUAAUUUUUACCAACAUACUCACUGGUAAUUUAUUAAUAACUCCCUAUUAUUUUGUCAUAAAAUUGGCAGUUAAUUCUCUUAUGUAUAGGACAUGAAGCAGCAGUAUGGUGUGUACUCGUUAUGUCGGCCGUAAAUAUAACCGGUCAUAUUGAUGAUUUAAUUGUUAUCUCUGGUUCAGCUGAUCAAACUAUACGUAUAUGGUGCCUACGUGGUCUUAAUCAAGAUAUAAGUUCGCCUGACAUAAUUUUAUUAAAUUCUUUAAAUGAACAUAAAGACUGUGUACGUGCCUUGGCACGUAUUGAUGAUUCACGAUUUUUAUCAGCAAGCAAUGAUGCCAGUAUAAGAGCUUGGGAUGCUACUACGGGUAAAUGUAUUGGAGAGUUUUAUGGGCACACAAAUUUUGUUUAUGGAUUGGCUUGUUCACCUGAUUUUCCAAAAUUUGUUUCCUGUGGUGAGGAUAGAAGUAUUCGUGUCUGGCUCUUACCUUCGGCAAGUGAAUGGGCUCCUGAAAAACAUUUUAGUUGCUUUCAAACUAUUCUGUUGCCAUGUCAGUCUGCGUGGUGUGUAGCUAUGGUACCGAAUGGUGAUAUUAUUGUCGGAGGCAGUGAUUCGAUGAUUCGGAUAUUUUCAUGUGAUUCAACACGACAAGCAUCUUCAGAUAUCUUGAAACUUUAUGAGACAGAAUUAGCCAAUUUUAAGAUUACAGUUCCUAGUUCUUCUGGAGCUGGAGAUUUAGUUUUGAACAAUUUACCGGGAGUUGAGGCUUUAACGAGACCAGGGAAAUCGGAAGGACAGAUCAUGGUCAUUAACGAUAAUGGCCGCUCUGUUUGUUAUCAAUGGUCUUCACAUGGUACUCGGUGGAUUGAAGUUGGUGAUGUUGUGGGAAGUCAACCUUCUAAUCGUCAAGUUCAUGAAGGCAAAGUAAGCUAUUAUUGUCUCUCGCGCUUCAUUAAUUUUGUCGUUUUUGUUAACUGUUAUGUGAAAUUUGCAUGUCGAAUCUUAUUACUUCAGUUACUGAUAAAGAUUCAGUUCUGUUAUUGUUGACUAGUAAAAAUAAGUCUUUCUUUCCUCAUGAAUCCCUGUCAAAUAAACACGAUGGUACGUCGUUACAUUAUUUGUUCAAUUACUAAUUUUUACUUCGUUAUAGAGCAAACUUCAAUCGUAAUUUGUGUUAAGAUCAUUUAAGUACUACUUUGUUUGAUAUUGAACCCGUAACAAAGCAAAAUAAUUGAUGGUUAUAGCAAUAAUGUGAUAUGUUUCAAAGUUCAUUUGAUAAAAAAUGUUUAUAUGCGUUCAUGCUCUUGUAUUGUAAAAAGUAAGCAUAUCUAAUAAUCUUUUGAUGAUUCCAGUAUUUUGUUGUUUUUAUUUUUGUCUAUUCCCUAAAAUCAAACUUUUGUUAGAAUAAAGACAAUUUAUUAGGACGCUUUGAUCAAUGCGAUGAAUUAAAUCUCGGUAGCUGUAUUGAAAAGAUUUGAAAUAGUUAAUUCCCUUCAUUUGCCAGAACUAUUCUGUUGAUUAGCUUAAUAAAUUUUGAAUACAUUUAUUUUGUUUUUAUUUAGCUAAUUUGACCACUAUGUGUUAUAUAAAUUCUCAAUAUAUUUUUCAAAAAUCUUGCUUGAUUAUUUUUAAGAUUGAAGUAGACUAGAUUUAAUGAAUUAUAAGUGUUUUAUGUUCCCAGUUCGUAUCCCACAGGUAGUAUUAGUUGGUUGAAGGUUUGAGAUUCGUUUUGAUAAUAAUUCUCCCACAAAUUCGAAGCCUAAAUCCUGAAAUCCACUCUAACUGUUCUUAAAAACCGUAUGUUUCUAGAUGGAGUACCACUUACUUAUUUUGAUGACUUUACCAUAUCUUUUGAUCAGUUCGAUUAUCUUGUCAUUAGGGUCCAUAGUAUUACCUUAUCCGCUAUCUGUAGUCUGGUUUUCGUACAAUCAACUCAAUAGUUAAUUAAUUAACAAUAUUUUUCGAAGGGUUACCACAUGAGUCUUUUAAUUCUUUUUCAAUAUCAAGCCUAUGUGCUUCAAGAAUCACCCCUAAACUGAGAAACUCUACAGUUUCUACGUUUACUACAGGAGGUUUUUUAAUGCCCAGUGACUUAGUUCAUUCAACAACACUUAAAUAUAUCUCUUGAUUUUGUCGAUAGUUUACACUUUUAGAUUACGAGUGAUUUACCAAGUACAGAUUCUGUACUGCGCUUUAAGCCACACCAAUUUUGUGUAGGGGCUAGUAACGCUACUGGGCUUGGCAAAUGGAAGUAAUUGGGGUGGGUUUCGAACGGAAGAUUUGUUAAAGCUUUAUACUCUAGUCAUUAGACCACUACACAAUUGGAGCAGGAGAUUCAAAACAACAUAGGUCGUUUAGAUAGAUGUCGCUGUACAAUCAACCUUACAAGUUUGUGUAAUAUCUCUUAACCUUCAUUCUAUUUAUUUUGUUGCUCAACUUAUUAAUCAUUGCUUAGUUCAUAUGCAUAUUUUCAAAAUGUGUAUUUCGUCCAUUUUAUAAUACCAUUGUUUAUAUUUCAUCUAAGGAAUACGAUUUUGUAUUUACGGUUGAUAUUGAUGAUAGCAUGCCUGGGCUUAAACUACCUUACAAUCGUACUGAAGAUCCCUGGUUUGCGGCUCAUUCUUUUAUUCAAAGACAUGAUUUACCUGCUGGUUAUCUAGAUACAGUUGCUAAUUUCAUUAUUCAAAAUGCAGGACCUCCAAUUAAUCCAGUUGUCAGCAAUGAUCUUUCUCACAGUGAUCCCUUUACUGGAGCACAUCGAUAUAUCCCAAAUAGCUUUUCUUCGACGAUAACCAAGUCCACCACAAAUGGAACAUCGGUUUUUACAUCUCAUUUCCCACCCGAUACCUUUAUAUCUAUGAAAUCAAUCAGCCUUGGUCCUUUAAUGACUAAACUAGAGUCGUUCAAUGUCCAAUCACCGAUUCCGUUAAAUAAUGAAUUUUUAGAAGCAUGUAGAAAAUUCAACAUUGAUGAUUGUACUGAAACUGAAGCUGUUCAUCUUACUACUCAUAUUCUAGAUGCAAUAAACAAGUGGACUCCCGGUAUGUUAUCAAGUUUAAUAUACUGUUGUCAUAUGCUUAUUCAUACGUCACAUUAUGCUCCAAUAAAGUCCACAAAUAAAGUAACUAUCGUAUAUUGAAGUUGUUUCAAGGUGAAUAUUUUAAAAUUGGGUAAUUAUUUUUUGGUGAGGGUAUUAAUUAUUAUUAGUUUAGUAGAUCUUUGUCCAUUCACAUCAUCACAACGAGGGAAAAUCAACAAGACAAAUGAACUAAAAAGUUAAAAUACUAAUUUUAUCGACAGUAGUAACGAACAAAAGAAUACAAUUCAAAGAAUUCUAAAGAAAACCAGUGAGAUCGAGGCAUGAAAUGUGUAGAGUAAUGAUAAUUUCAAGGUUUAGUUGAUUAUAGGAAAAUGCGUGCAUGUGCAUAGCAGCAACUGAUUUUAAACUAAUUCACCCAGUCUUCAACCAAAAAUAACAGUUUUACAAUGAAUUUCAACCAAAAAAGUCAGGACUUCCAUAAGCAUUUCAGAUCAAUCACUGAACAGAUUACAAAUAUUCUUUCAAUAAAUCUUGACACAAUUCUGCGUGAAGCAAAAAAGCACUUAGUAGCUGUGCAUAAUUGACACGUGUCCUGUUCACUUUAAUGGUUAGUAUUAAACAGCCUCAUUAUCACAUCUUCCUAGUACACCAACAUUAAUACUGUUUACUCUUUGGUUCCCCCUAAAUAUGAGCAAUAUUCAUAAAAUAUCUAUGAUAAAUUAUUAGUAACCUACAUAUUAUCAUCAACCAUGGAAUACCAUAUCUGAAAUCCAUUGCAUAUUGUAAAGGAUGCAUAGUAUACUCAUUAUUUGUUAAGUAAAAAGAAAUUCGUCUUUAUCAUGAGUGGAAAAUAAUGCGUAAUUACAAAUAUGCAAAAAUGCAUAGUAAUGAGUAUUGCAUGCAUUGAAUUCAUCGUAAUUUUGUAAUCUUCACACAUAAUUGAAAUUUUUUGAAUAAUUUUUUUCCAGUGAAAAAGCAACAUGAUUUAUUAAGUAUUAACUUAUAAUGGUUUAUCAUGUAUGUUUAGAUUGUUUUUAAAAUUGAUCUUAAUUUCUGUUUUUCAUAGAUACAAUAUUCCCCUUAUUGGAUAUUUUACGGUGUUUAGUCUUUUGGCCGAUAUCCAGUGAUAUUAUAUUUGAAACAACAAAUUGGAAUUAUUUAUUGUUAAUUAGUUUUAACAAUCCUGAUUUGUCAAGUGCAAAUUGUUUAUUGAUGUUACGUCUAUUAGUAAACUCUUUAGCUGCAGAUGGUCCAAGAUUUAUUGACACAAUACAGCGUCAGUCUUUGUCGUCAUCAUCAUCAUCAUCCUUAACAAAUAGUAGUGAUAAGCCGAACGUUGUACCAAAAUCUUUAAUUACUGCUGUUGGAAUAACUGGGAGAUUAGUUGAACUUGUUAAUGAUAAUAAAUUGCAGUUUGUAACGCGUAAACCACAUCAGGUUGCGUUGGCCUGUUUGAUGUAUAAUAUGUCUGUACUUGUUCAUUUGGCGAAACCGUUUUCUAUCGAGUCAAAUAUAUUUCCUCAACUGCGCUUUAUAUCUGGUGUUUGUAUUCGAAUAAGUCUUAAUAUUCUAUCACUUGCCUUGGAUCAUGGUUGUAGUGGUGUUACACAAUUACACCCUGAAGCUGUAAAUCACUUAUUUGUAUCUAUCGGUACCUGUUUAUUAUCAGUAACUUCAGGAUUAAAUUCAACAGAUGAGCAGUUAAAAACACAACGUAUUCGUAUUCUUGCAUCAGCUAUGAUUGGUUUGAAAGAUUUACCUCAAAGUGUUGAUAACGAUGUAAAUAUUGAUAACAAUGUUGAAGAAUUUACCGCCUGGGAAUCAGUUCGUAAAAUUAUUAAUUAUUGGAUAACAACACCUACAGUUUGUUCUAAUGUACGAGCAUGUGCAUCUCAAUUACUUUCAAUUUUAGAAUAACAGUAUCAAGUGACUAAAAACAAUAUUUGUACUUAUUAAAAAUUUACACUUUUUGCUUAAUAUAACUGUUUUGGAUUGUAAAUUUUAAACACGUUUAAGAAGUAUUCAUAUAGGUGUAUGUGUAUCAUUUUCACUCUAAUGACUUUUCAUUUUUAUAAAGUCUUGUGAAUUUGUUCAUAUUUUAUAGACGCACAUUAUUUUUUGUUGUUGCAUAUUGUUUUUUGUACAAAUAUGUGUUUUUUUUUUCAUUGAUUUUGUGAUGUAGAUACUAAUUGCAUGUGUAGUUUUCUGUUUACAUUAUCAUCUUGCGUCUUGAAACUCUUCAAUGAUUAGUAUACAUAUAUACGGUUAACUCACUUCUACGUAUUGGGUGUCUCGUUCAAUAAAUGUUUCACGUUUAAGCUAAAAAAAUUGACAAAGUAUAGCGAAUUUAUUUUGUAAUUUAGACUAAUAAUAAUUUUCUGUUUGAAUAAAUGCUACAGUCUAAACCCAAAUCGACCUCAUACAGGUUUGUAUGCUGAUUGAGAAACUGCACCCUUUAUAUGUUGGUUAAUUAACUAUACAAUCCACAGUUAAUGCUAAAUCGUAAAGAUCGUACGAAGUUCGUGUGUCUGAUCAGUAUAUUGUGCGAACCAAAGUACAUGAAAUUAUUGAAAUCAAUUAAUAAUUUCUUCGUGUUAACAAAACAUAAGACGGACAGCGUUUAUAUGCAUCUCUACUUAAAUCGAAAUUUAAUACAUAGUUUGUA